AUGAAUACACUCAGCUUGCCUCUAAAUAUCAGACGAGGAGGAUCAGAUACCAACCUUAACUUUGACAUACCUGAUGGCAUCUUGGACUUUCACAAAGUCAAACUCUCUGCUGAUAGCCUAAAGCAAAAAAUCCUUAAAGUCACUGAACAGAUUAAAAUUGAACAAACGGCCCGUGACGGCAAUGUGGCAGAGUACUUGAAACUGGUGAACAGUGCUGAUAAGCAACAGGCGAGUCGAAUUAAACAAGUAUUUGAGAAAAAGAACCAGAAAUCGGCUCACACAAUAGCACAGCUGCAGAAAAAACUGGAGCAGUAUCAUAAAAAGUUAAAGGACAUAGAGCAAAAUGGCUCUACAACUAAAAGUACAAAAGACCUUUCCAAAGAAAAUCUUAAAGAUUUGCAUCAUUCUUUAAAGGAUGUGAAUAGUAGUUCUAGGCCUACUGUUCCAGCAGAACAAAGUAAAAUGGGAGUACCGGGAGUUUCUUUGACUCCACCAAUGUUUGUCUUCAACAAAUCUCGGGAGUUUGCAAAUCUUAUUCGUAAUAAAUUUGGAAGUGCUGAUAACAUUGCUCAUCUAAAGAACACACUUGAUGACUUUCACCCAGAGAACAAUGCCAGGAACCUAAGUGGGAGUGCCACAAUUGUCACUAAGCCCAAGUAUGUAAGUGAUGACGAGUGCUCUAGCGGGACGUCUGGCUCAGCUGAUAGUAAUGGAAACCAGGCAUUUGAUGGCGGACGGACAAAUACUAAUGAUAGCCAAGGGGAUCUUGCUGUAUUUCUAGAAGAGCUGAGAGAAAUACGAGAGGCUCAGAAUCAGCUGGCUGAAGACAUUGAGGCACUCAAAGUACAGUUCAAAAGAGACUAUGGAUUUAUUUCGCAGACAUUACAAGAAGAAAGAUACAGGUAUGAAAGACUUGAAGACCAGCUCAAUGAUCUGACUGACCUUCACCAGCAUGAAACAACAAAUUUAAAACAGGAUCUGGCGAGCAUUGAAGAAAAGGUUGCUUAUCAGGCUUAUGAAAGGUCCAGGGAUAUUCAGGAAGCUUUGGAAUCCUGCCAGACCCGUGUCUCCAAACUGGAGCUCCACCAGCAAGAACAGUUAGCUGUGCAGUCUGAAACAGUGAAUGCCAAAGUACUCUUAGGCAAAUGUAUAAACAUACUUGUGGCCUUAAUCACUGUUGUUCUGGUUUGUGUGUCAACUAUCGCAAAGUUCACAGCACCAAUGAUGAGGAGCCGUUUCCAUGUCUUUUGCACUUUUUUUGCAGUGACACUGUUUGCAAUCUUUUGUAAAAAUUGGGACCACAUAGUAUGUGCUCUAGAACGGGUUAUGUUGUCAAGAUGA